AUGACCUUCCCCCUCCACGCCGCCCUCCCCCUGCAGCUUUGGUCUCUCCCCUCCAGCUCGGCCGUCGUCGCGCCGGAGUUACUAUGCAGGUUCAAGACCGAGAGGAACAAUCUAUCCGACGAGCUCGGCCCCCGAACAUCGGCGGCAGCGGCAGCGGCUCCAUGA